GCCGAGGUGGCGCAGGCGCGGCGGCCCGAGCCGUGGGUGCGCGGAGCAGGGGGGGCGGGGGGUGGCCCCGCGGGAUGCGGGUGCUGAGGCGGCUGCACGAAGCGGCCGUGGGGCUGCUGCUGUGCCGGGGGGCGGCGGCGGCGGCUCGGCCUGCCGCCUCGGAGGUGCUGAGCCAGCACCUGCGGCAGCGCGGCCUGCCCCACUGGACCUCGUACUGCGUCAAGUACAGCGCCGUACGCAACGACCAGUUCGGCCUCUCCCACUUCAACUGGCGGGUGAACGGCACCAACUACCACAUCCUGCGCACCGGCUGCUUCCCCUUCAUCAAGUACCACUGCUCCCGCGCCGCCCCGCAGGACCUGGCCCUGCAGAACGCCGCCUUCACCGCCCUCAAGGUCCUCAACGCCGGCAUCCCAACCUUACUAUAUGGAAUUGGCUCCUGGUUCUUUGUCAGUGUCACAGAGACUGUUCAUACGAGUCAUGGCCCAGUUACUAUUUAUUUUCUAAAUAAAGAAGAUGAAGGCGCAAUGUAUUGAAAUCAUGCCCUCAACUACCUGUCAUUUGGUGGGUUUCUGUGUUACAGCUGCUACAAAUAUCUACUCCCUUUGUCUAAAAAGAACUGAAGGCAACUGGGGGGGGGGGGGGUUUGCAGUGCAUUCUGUUAGUUAACAUGCUGUCGUCAGGAAGCUUCAUGCACUUUUUGGUCAUAAGACAUUUAUUUUUGCAGAGGUCAGCGAAGCUGAAAAAGUAGAAUCUUUGGGAGAAGAAUUAGUAUUUCUAAGGAUAUUAGAAUUUAUGGAAGUCAGUGACUAGUACUGCUCAACUUGGGAUAAUUUUAAGUGAUACAUCUACCAGUAACGUACAGAAAGAACUGUAGCGUGCAGGCAAGGAAACUGUGAAUACACUAGACAUUUUCAGAAUGUCACUGAAAAGAUUAAGCUGCUUAGGUUUAGACUCUGGCUAGAUGUUUCAUAAUGCAUUAAUUGUCAUAGUUGCAAGCAUGUUUGAAUGAAUCCAUGGUGCUGACUACUCAAAAUUGCCUGGAAGACUUCAGAAGAACACCACCCUAAGAAGUUAAGAAUGACUGUAUUACAUUUCUUCAAAUGAUAUUUAAAUAAAAUAUUUAAUAUAUCUUU